GGCAACGAGGUGAAUUCUCGGCAACGAUACGGGACGCUGGCUGCCAGCGAGGACGUACACAUAUUUUACUUGAAUUCCUUAAUUGUACAUUUUACUCGGGACCGAUGAACUAAUAGAGAUCGGAGUGAAAACGGCUCGUUCGUCGAGGUGAAUGUGCGUUAAAAUUUGUAAGUGGAAUCUUAAGAGCUCUGGCGGUGCCUUAAUCAACGUCUUAAUGAGGAGAUACUCGAGGCUGGCUUGAAUCUCGUAGUUAGUCCACUCGGUCGUUCCUGCAUCACAGGUUAGUUUUUUUUCCUGGUACGCCUAUUAUCUUUCUGUGUACCUACCGAUAAUCGUCUUUGAGUUGUCACGCUGAAUUGGCCUAGAUACUUUUUAACUUACUGUGCCACAAGACACAAUGGAGGAAGAAACAAGACUAGGGAGAUUUACGCGUCAUUCAUGGCUCGUUCCACCACAAGAUCGCAACCGGACUGCUAGAAUUGCUUUAAUGCAAGCUUCCAAGUGCGUGGGCAUGCAACGUCUACGCAUCAUCCAUUCAUUGGAUUGAAGUCAUUCGUCAGGAACGAAGAGGAGAAGUGAAGGAAGGAUGAUUUGAUUCAUACUCAACCGUCAUUGGGGCUGGCAGCUCGUGGCCAAUGUCAUGUGCUGUAAUAAUCACUUUGAUUAGGAUGACAAUUGUUUAAUUGGUAUUCACGUCGACGUACUCGGCACCGGGAACCAGGUAUAAAAAUGAGGCUCAAGUUGCCAUUAAUAUCAGUCAAUCAUCGUCUGCUGUCAUCGUUAUUCGCUGCUAGACAAAAUGAAGUCCUUCCUCUGCAUCUUCCUUCUGGCAGCCAUCGUUAUGGCGGAGCCACCGCGUUUCCGGCAGCAGAGUAGAUUCUUUGCUCGUCAACAAGAAGAGACCACUCCUGCUCCAGCAGAAGCUCCCUACGCUCCCUCGGGAUGGAGACCGGCUGGACGUGCUUUUGAAUUGCCCCAGAGACAGGUGCAGAACACUUACGGCGCCCCUGACCCUCCUGCCGCUUAUGGGCCACCUAGUACAACAGAGGCGCCAACGACUGCCGCCCCUGAGGAACCCACCACUGUCCCUCCGUCAGAGGAAGACGGUGCCAACGAGUUCGAGGAAGACGGCAACCAGGACGAACAGCAGGGCGAAUAUUACGUAGCACUUCCCGAUGGACGUCUUCAGCGCGUGCAGUACGUUAGCCGUGAGGAUGCUGCGAAGAUGCGUUACCUCGCCAAGAUCGAGGCACGAAACGUUGGACCAAUCUACGCUUACAGUCCCCUGCAAAAAUUGGAAUUGAUCAGACCCGUGAAGUUCGAGGCGCCCCUGGCGGUAGUACCGAUCGCCGCCGCAUCGGAUGCGCCACUGUCCACGUCCUAUACGACUGUCACUACAAAUUUUCAACCCGCAUCCGGCAAGGUGCUUCUAGCAGCGGUUUAAAAGCAUUGACUUCCUUUGAUAAUUGCUCGGAUUAUCAGCAGAGAUGUAUAAACUGUACAGUGUCAAAGUUCCCCUAUCGUUAUCAAUGAACGUCUUAAUAAAAUAAUUCAAUACAGAAA